UAAUGCACUAGGGUCAUGACUCCACUUAUACCCUCCACCCCUCCCCAUCUGUCUCUCUCUCUCCUUUUCACCCCUGCUCUUCAUCCGACACCGUCACCUACUUGCACAGAAUCAUGGCGGACAGAAACAGCCGGUUCAGCGUCAAGAGGAAAGAAAAGAAGGCGGAAAGCAAAACGAAUAGUGAGAAGGACAAAGAAAAGGAAAAGGUGAACGAGAAUACGGCAAAAAAGCCAGAAAAACCCCAGAAGAAACCAGAGAAGGUCCCUGAGCAGCCAAAGACAGAUGAAGAGAAGAGGAAUGGGGAAAGUGAGGGGGCAGCAGGCGCAGACGCAAAAAGCAGUGAUGAAAAUGGGGAGUUUCAGCCUAUAGAACUGCCUCCGUUUGAGAUCGUCACAGGGGAACAGAUGAGCCCAUUCUACUUCAAGUUUCAGUUCAGGAAUGUGGAGUACUCAUCAGGGAGGAACAAAACCCUCCUGUGUUUCAGAGUGGAUGCAGCAGGAGGCAGCGCAGAGCCUCUGAAAGGUUACAUGGAGGACGAACAUGCUACCGCUCACGCUGAGGUGGCCUUCUUUGAACAGGUUCUCCCUAAUGCCUCUCUAGAGUGUGAUGUCACAUGGUAUGUAUCAUCUAGUCCCUGUGUGGCCUGUGCAGCCAAGUUGGCCAGCAUCCUCCAGCAGCGCAAAAAGAUGCGUCUUUGUAUAUUCUGUUCCCGUCUCUUCGAGUGGGAGGAGCCAGAGAUAGUUGAAGGGCUUAAGGGUCUGGUGAGAGCCGGCUGCAAACUGCGAAUGAUGAAGCCGUCUGACUUCCUGCAUGUGUGGGAAACGUACGUGGAGAAGGAGGAUCAGAGCUUUACACCCUGGGAGGAUUGUCAGGAGAACUACAACUACUAUAUGGAAAAACUGGCAGAUAUCCUCAAGUAGAUAUGCACGGACCUCCCCACCGACUGAUCCACAAAUCGCACUACUUGUGAAAUUCCCACUGGCUGAAUGCGUGUUUCUUGCAGUCACACGGUGCAGAAUGUUGUUAGUUUAUGCACUCUUGGCAACAUUUUAUACUUUUUAUUAACACAAUUCAUGUGGAAACUUAAAAUGCUUGAAUUUUUACAUAAAUACAUCAACUAAUCAACAUCCAAGUGGUUAGAAAACGAAGCAAGAAGCAAAGAACAAAAGUGACAUUCAUCGUUACGGUAAAAAUAAAGUUUGGACAACACCACAGCCUGUGUUACAUCUGCUGACAUCUGCUGCUUGCUCGGAGAACUGAAGAUCUAACUGAAGAACAACGAAUAAAUUCUCCUCCACGUCAUCGUACAUGUAAAAUAUAUACAGCAACUCAAAAUGAACAGUGGUUAUAAAUGAUGUUCAGCUCAUAAAUAAUCUUUUUUCUAUUUAACAGUGCCUUAAAAUCCAAAUUCAUUCAAACAAUGUGAAUUAAACGAUGCAUAAAUCCUCAA